AGCAUACACCUCGACGGGCUCGGCUCUUCACUUCACCGACAGGAUUCGCCGCCGCGCCGCCCCGGAGCUCCCGCCCAGGCUCAACGCCUCAUCGUCCGUCAUCCGCCUUGUGGCCGCGGGAGCACAGACCUCGCCAAAACAUCCAUCCGGGGUCCCGGCUGCCGGCCAGGUCGAUCGCCUCCCCUCUCCUCCGAAAUCGUUCCCCACCAAAACAUCUCUCGUCGCCGCCACGCUCCACGUCCAGGCAGGAUGCGCUGCCUCCGCCGCGCGGGCGCGGCCGCCCACCUGCUCCGCUCCGCGACGACCGGCCCCGCCAAGCACGCUCGCACGGCCCUCGAGCAGAUGCCUCCGCCGCCUGCCGCCUUCCCAUGUCGCGCGCGCGCCCACCACCUGCUCGGAGGAAUGCGCGGCCAGUGGCUCUGCACGGCGACGGGGUCCACCGGCGCCCCCGACCUCGCCGUGGACCAGCACUUCACCGUGGUGCCUGGCCUAGGCCUCGAUGUCUCCGAGGUGGCGGGGCUCACCGGCGCCCACGAUCUUGCCGUGGACCAGGACUUCACAGUGGUGCCCGGCCCAGGCCUCGAUGUCUCCAAGGAGGCGGAGAGGGUCUGCCGCGUGCUGUCCACCGUGCCGGAGCCGAGGGUUGCGUCAGCCCUCGACGCGCUCGGGGCCUCUGUGUCGCCUCAGCUCGUGGCGGAGGUGCUCAAGAACCUGAGCAACGCUGGCAUCCUCGCCCUCGCCUUCUUCCGGUGGGCGGAGAGGCAGCAAGGCUUCGUGUACACGGCGGAGAGCUUCCACAACCUCAUCGAAGCGCUCGGCAAGAUCAAGCAGUUCAGGCUGGUCUGGAGCCUGGUGGAGGCCAUGCGGUGCCGCGGCUUGCUUUCCAAGGACACGUUCAGGCUCAUCGUCAGGAGGUACGCCAGGGCAAGGAAGGUCAAGGAAGCUGUCGAGACGUUUGAGAAGAUGGCCGGCUUCGGGCUCAAAGCAGACUUAUCAGAUUACAAUUGGUUGAUCGACGUGCUGAGCAAAUCCAAGCAAGUCAAGAAGGCGCAAGCCAUCUUCAAGGAGAUGAAGAGGAACGGAAAGUUUGUUCCCGAUUUGAAGACCUACACUGUCCUCAUGGAAGGCUGGGGCCAUGAGAAGGACUUGCUGAUGCUUAAGUCGGUGUACCAAGAAAUGCUUGAUGCAGGCCUGAAGCCUGAUGUCGUGGCAUACGGGAUGCUCAUUAGUUCCUUUUGCAAGUCUGGCAAAUGUGAUGAGGCCAUCAAGGUGUUCUGUGAGAUGGAAGCCAAUGGUUGCAUGCCAAGCCCUCAUGUGUAUUGCAUGCUUAUCAAUGGGCUUGGCUCAGAGGAGAGGCUGGAUGAGGCUUUGAAGUAUUUUGAGCUUUCUAAGGCCAGUGGGUUUCCCAUGGAGGUACCUACAUGUAAUGCAGUUGUUGGGGCUUACUGCAGAGCCUCAAAAUUCCAGCAUGCCUUCAAGAUGGUCGAUGAGAUGAGAAAGAGUGGAAUCGGUCCAAAUUCCCGGACUUAUGAUAUUAUUCUUCACCAUCUUAUAAAGUCUCAGAAGAUAGAAGAGGCUUAUAAUGUGUUCCAGGGAAUGGGCAAGGAUGGCUGUGAACCUCAGCUCAACACAUAUACAAUGAUGGUUAGUAUGUUCUGCAGUAAUGAAAGGGUUGAUGUGGCCUUGAAGGUGUGGAACCAAAUGAAGGAGAAGGGUGUUCUGCCAUGUAUGCACAUGUUUUCUGCAUUGAUCAACGGGUUAUGCUUUGAGAACAGGCUGGAAGAAGCUUGCGUAUAUUUCCAGGAGAUGUUGGACAAAGGGAUCAGGCCACCUGGUCAGCUUUUCAGUAAUUUAAAGGAAGCUCUUAUUGAGGGAGGAAGAAUUAGUCUGGCACAGGAGAUGGCUUUGAAGUUGGAUGGAUUACGGAAAACACCUAUGCGUCGUUGAGGAAUCAUGCAAAUGAUCUGUUGCAGCAGCAUAUGGCUUUUGGCUGUUAGAAGCUCAGUCAAAAUUGUGAUCCUUCUGUGUGUCGCUGCCGUCAGUCGCGGCCUUACUGCUUGGAGGACAGGAGGAGCAUCAGGGGUCUUUGCUACAUCUAUCGGGGUACUGGCCAGAAGUAGGUUAUUGUUAUCCAUGUUUCACAAGCUGAGGUGGCCACCUUUGAUCUAAUACCCGCGAGUCUUCUAUAUUGUCUUCAUCCUAUUCGUGCUAAAACAUACUCAGUUUCCAACUGAAAAAAUGGGCUCCUGGUUUGGUCCAAACACUAUUAGAAUAAUAAUUUGGUUGGAUGCUCUAAUGUGUAUCGGUUGUAUAAAAAAACAGAUUAAUGAACCCUAGGCUAUGCAACGAUUUCUAGAUGAUUCAUUGUAGUUAUAUGGUCUGUUAGAUUUCCCCCCCACAUUGCUGUUAGAGAACGUUUCGGUACGUAAUAUAUCUGUAAAACAAAAUUUGGUUGUACUAUAUAUUAGGGGUGGCCGUA